AGUUUAGGUUAAAACUUGGUGCAAACAAGUGAAAAGGCUGAGGAAGUGUUUCACUCGUACCGUCAGCUUUUCAUAAUGAGCGUAACGGUCUACAACGUCUCCUCCACCUCAGCCAGGGUGAGCUGGCCGGCAUCGCCCACCUGCCUGGACACAUUUUACAGUGUCAUGUACGACCCCAACUGGAACGGUUUGCUCAUGGGCUUCACUAGGAAAAGCUUCAAGCAUGAGGAGCGCAUCCCCGUCAGUCAGACCAGCACGCACCUGGCCAACCUCCUCCCCCAAACCGCCUACUUUUUGUGUGUGACGUGCCAGGCGGCCAAUCCGGUGCGGGACCAGUGCCAGGUGUUCAGUACUCAGAGCGAGAACAGCGAGGGCCACGACAGGGCGAGCUGGGAGCUUGCUGUGGGCGUGUGGUUGACCUGCUGCCUCUUGCUUCUGGUCAUCGCCGGCGUCCUGCUGUGGGGGUGCUUUCGCAACAUGUGCUCCAUCAUUCCGAGGCGAGCCGCCGACGGCUGCACCGUGGUGGCCAACUCUGCUCGGCAAGAUGUGUCCGAAUCAGGUCACCUCUUCACACCCAGAAGCAACAGCGUGGACAGCAUCAAACGUGCCACCAUCAUCCAGCCUUCGCUCAUGUCGACGCAGAUCGCCGGUCACGUAAUUACCCAAGACCAUGAGGAUGUUCGCUAAGCUGGCUCACAGAGAGCCAGCUUUAAUCAAGUGGAUUAAGGUCAUCAUAGUAUUGUUUUGCCCUGGCUGAAUUGUCACUGAGCACUUUUUACCUACUAAAUGAAAAUAAUAUUUGUCUUUACAAUGACAUUUUCAUUUGAUUCAUUCAAAUUCAUAUUUUUACACCAACAAGUUCAACAUGUAAGCUGUUCCACUGAUUU